AUGAGCCAGCUGUCACCGAUGAUGCGCAGAGUCUAUAGGCCUGUGGCAAACUGGGCACAGGUGCUGGAGCAGCUCCGUUUAAAGCCUCCCCUUGGUCUUCACCAGUUGGUGCACAAAUUAACGCCCCCCUCGCCGAGGGCAAAGCCGCAGCCUGCGCCCAGAGCGAACGAGCGACCUCCGGGUCCUUGGGAGCGGGUGCAGCAAGGAGCCACACUUGCUUCAACUCAACCAGCGCCUGCGCUGCAGUGGUCCAGUGCGGGGCGGCCAAAAUUGGUCCUGAAGCCUCGUGAUCCUCAGCUGGGCCCUGUCGUGCCGGAGGUUGCUGCGACGGAGCCACAGCCACAAGCCACGGCCACGGCCACCGCCACAACAACACAGCCUCCAACGCAGACCAGGCCUGUGCCUCUACACUUGUCACAGCAGCACAUCACCUCGUCACCCGCCGUCUCACCAAGCAAGCAGUGCCCAGCACAGCCCCAGCCUUCGCCAGCGGCAGUGCGACAACCGCAGCCUGCCGGAUCUGAACAAAGGGCCAGGUCGCCGCAAACGGUCGUUGUCGGUGCAGUCCAAGCAGCCGCCCAGAGCGGCGCCGUGUCACCCAGCGGAAGGCCUAAGCUGCAACUGAAGCCACGAAAUCCAAGGCUUGCCGCUCCCGGCGAAGACGAAGCAGCAGCGAAGUCCUCGCCGGCACCAGCACCGCAGCCACAGCAGCCCCAGCAGCCGCAGCAGCCGCAGCAGCCACCACGGCAACAGGCGCAGCAAAUCCAGCAGGCGGCACCGCAGCAGCAGGCGGCACUGCAACAGCAGCCACAGCAACAGCCGCAGCCUGCAUCACGUCCUCAGCCACAAACGGUCGUUGUCGGUGCAGUCCAAGCAGCCGCCCAGAGCGGCGCCGUGUCACCCAGCGGAAGGCCUAAGCUGCAACUGAAGCCACGAAAUCCAAGGCUUGCCGCUCCCGGCGAAGACGAAGCAGCAGCGAAGUCCUCGCCGGCACCAGCACCGCAGCCACAGCAGCCCCAGCAGCCGCAGCAGCCGCAGCAGCCACCACGGCAACAGGCGCAGCAAAUCCAGCAGGCGGCACCGCAGCAGCAGGCGGCACUGCAACAGCAGCCACAGCAGCCACAGCCGCAGCCUGCAUCACGUCCUCAGCCACAAACGGUCGUUGUCGGUGCAGUCCAAGCAGCCGCCCGGAGCGGCGCCGUGUCACCCAGCGGAAGGCCUAAGCUGCAACUGAAGCCACGAAAUCCAAGGCUUGCCGCUCCCGGCGAAGACGAAGUGUCGCAGCCUUCCGCCGUGCCAGUGCAACGGCAGACCAUCCAGUCCCAAGGGCCUGCGCCACAAGCGCAGCCCCAGAUGCUGCCACAGCCAGCUCCAUCUGGCCCCGCUCUCCAGCCGGAUCCUGCUGGUGGCCGGCCGAGGCUGGUCCUGAAACCUCGCUCCGAGCCGCCGGUGCCGGCGCCUGCUGGUACGGUCUGCGUGGCCGCUUCCCAGGUGUCAUCUCCGGUGCGAAGAUCAUCGUUGGUGGGCCAGCCGUCUUUUUCCAAGCCAGGACCCUUGGCAGCAACGUCCCCGGCUCCUGCAGUGCCUGUCAUGGCUCAUCAGGCCGAGAUUCCUCAAAUGCCUGGGGCUAAGCCGCCAUCGCCGAAGGGCGAGGAGGUCGUUUCCCAGACGGCGAACAGAAGCCGCACAUCCUCGGACGUGGGUGCUGUCCCUACUGGGCCUAGUGGCCCGAGUGCGAAAGCAGCUCCAGCACUCCAGAAGGACCCAGGUGGAGGACGUCCAAAGCUCGUUUUGAAGCCUCGUACAGCGCCAGCUCCCGUAGCAGGACAAUAG